AUGAAGAAAACAACGACGUUGCUUUCUCCUAUUUUUGUUCUUCUCUUGUCUCAAUUUCUGAAUCUGUCCCUCACAUGGGGUGCUUCAGAUUCAGUCUACCAAACUUUUCUCCAAUGCCUAAAAAAGCAAACAAAUUCCACAGACGACCUAUCAAAGAUAGUCUACGCUCAAGCAAAUCCCUCCUACACUUCAGUUUUACAGGCGUAUAUCCGAAACGCCCGUUUCAAUGACUCCCAAACGUUGAAGCCUUUGAUCAUCAUUACUCCUUUACAAGAAUCUCAUGUCCAAGCCGCGGUGAUUUGCUCCAAACAAGUUGGUUAUCAUCUUAAAAUCCGCAGUGGCGGCCAUGACUAUGAGGGGAUUUCGUAUAUUUCUGAAAGUCCGUUCUUUAUUCUCGACAUGUUUAAUUUACGUUCAGUAGAUGUUGACAUGAAGGACGAGUCUGCAUGGAUCGGAGCUGGCGCUACUUUGGGUGAAGUUUAUUUCAGGAUUUGGGAGAAAAGUAAGGUGCACGGCUUUCCCGCCGGCGUCUGCCCCACUAUUGGCGUUGGUGGGCAUUUGAGCGGCGGAGGUUACGGAAACAUGCUGCGAAAGUAUGGUUUGUCAACUGACAAUGUUGUUGAUGCUAAGAUUGUUGACGUCAAGGGGAGAAUUCUUGAUCGUAAAGCGAUGGGAGAGGAUCUAUUUUGGGCGCUUAGAGGCGGCGGUGGAGCGAGUUUUGGCGUUGUGUUAUCGUAUAAGAUCAAGUUGGUUCCGGUUCCAGCGACGGUUACUGUUUUUAGAGUUGAAAGGUAUUUGGAAGAGAAGGCAACGGAUAUGGUUUAUCGAUGGCAGCUGGUGGCGCCGACGACGGAUAAGAAUUUGUUCACGAGAAUGCUUUUGCAGCCCGUGACGAGAAACAAGACAAAGACAAUCAGAGCAUCGGUUUUGGCAUUGUAUUUAGGAAAGGCGGAUGACCUUGUGUCCCUUUUGGCUAAGGAUUUUCCUGAACUGGGGCUGAAGAAAGAAAAUUGUAUGGAGAUGAGUUGGAUUGAUUCGGUUCUGUGGUGGGCUAAUUUCGACAAUGGGACUAAACCGGAUGCGUUGCUUGACAGAAAUCUCAACAAGGCUGAUUUCUUGAAGAGAAAAUCAGAUUAUGUUCAGAAACCUAUUACGAAAUUUUCCCUGAACUUGCUAUGGAAAAAAAUGAUAGAAUUGGGAAAAACUGGGUUGGUUUUCAAUGCUUAUGGUGGGAGAAUGGAUGAAAUUCCUGCUUCAGAAACGGCCAUGCCACACCGAGCUGGGAACUUGUUCAAAAUUCAGUACUCGGUGACUUGGAAAGAACCCAGUGUUGAACUUGAAAAGAACUACACAUUUCAGGCAAGAAGUCUUUAUAGUUUCAUGACUCCGUUUGUGUCUAAAAAUCCAAGAAGUGCAUAUUUGAACUAUAGAGAUCUUGAUAUUGGGAUUAACCACCAUGGUAAAGAUAGUUCCAAGGAAGGUGAAGUCUAUGGGUUGAAGUAUUUCAAUGGGAAUUAUGAGAGAUUGGUGAAGGUUAAGACAAUGUUUGAUCCUGAAAACUUCUUCAGAAAUGAGCAAAGCAUCCCUCCUAAAUCUACCAAAUAAGAAAUAGUUAACAAUUGUCAGUCUCCCUUACAGUUCCAUGGAGAAAUGUAAAACGUCCAUAACCUUCACCUUAUCAACAUUCACAAAUAAAUCACAUAAAUUAUUUAUUUAAUAUCCCGAUAAUAUCUUGCAUUAUUCUUCAUUUAAGAUGAAGGAGAAAGCUCUACUCCUGGAUAAAGAAUAUUGAUAAAUAUGGCAGCUUGGCACCCUUAUAAUGGAUUUGUUGUAUAGAUUUA